CCGGAUCCCAACUUCGACGCGCUCAUCUCCAAGAUCUACCCGAGCCGGGACGAGUACGAGGCGCACCAGGACCGCGUGCUGGCCAAGCUCAGCCGGCUGCACAACCAGCAGGCGCUGAGCAGCAGCAUCGAGGAGGGGCUCAAGAUGCAGGCGAUGCACAGGGCGCAGCGGGUGCGGAAGCUGCACCAGGAGUCGGACAACACGACUUUCAGCGGCGGGGAGGAUAACUGCGACAGCCGCUCGCACCUCAGCAACGCUUCGGCGCCCAGCCACCCCGAGGCGGGCCCGAGCCGCAAACGAUCGCGAGCUUCCGACGAUUCGGGGCCCGAUCCCGAUCCCGAAACGUCGCACGAAGGCGGCGGCCGCGGUAGCCCCGAGCCUGGCGCCGAACCGGGCAGCAGCGAGAUCGAGCUCGUUUUCCGUCCGCACCCUCUCUUGGUGGAGAAGGGCGAGUAUUCGCAGACCAGGUACGUGAAGACGACGGCCAACGCCACGGUCGAUCACCUGUCCAAGUACCUGGCGCUGCGCAUCGCCUUGGAGGAGGCGCCGGCGCCGGGCCCCGAGGCGGCGGGGCUCGACGACGUCAGCGAGAAGCAGUACACCAUCUACAUAACCACGGCCGGCGGCGCUUUCACGACGCUGAACGGCUCCCUCACCCUCGAGCUGGUCAACGAGAAGUACUGGAAGGUCAGCAAGCCGCUGGAGCUCUACUACGCGCCCACCAAGGAGCAGAAGUAGGGGCUGGGGGCCCCCCCCCAAAACAGCACUGGGGGGGGGGGGGGCGGCCCCCCUCUCCCCCAAGGCUUGGGGGG